GCUAAAUGAAGCGAGCGAUUUAGACACGUGGAUUCGGAUUUUUGUUGUUGUUGUCCACAAUGGAAGAGGUGUUUUUUAAGUCGGCGUUACCUGCGCAGGACUCGUUCGUGCUGGACGACACCAGUCUGGCUCUGCCGCUCGAGCCGACUCCGAGAUCCUCGACGAAGGUGAAUUCAAGCGAGCAGAGGCAGCGGGUUCACCAGCAGGUCCAGCUCACACUGGCACGGAAGGCAAGAAAGACUGUGUCAAACGGUCGUGUCCAUUUACAGAAAAAUGCUUCAAAGAGCUUUGAUGUUUCAGAUGGGAUUUUACCAAACAUGAAGGUAAAUGGAUUGAGCGUCACCAACAGCUCUCUAUCAAGCCACCAUGUGCGGAGUCCAUCCAGGAGGGUGGAAGUGUCUCCACCACCGAGCCCGGAGUUAGCGCGCAGUCGCUUCAACUACAGCACCCCCCGUUAUGGGACGUACACCCACCCAGGGCCCGCUCAUUCACACAGGGUGGGCACUCUGCUGACCUACUCACUCGGUUCCGAAUCAUUUCGUCGCUACGCCUUAUCGGAGGCACCCCAUGUUGCGCGGCCCCUCGCAGCUACAUCUGCACACGGGACCUUCUGCCGGAGAACAAUGAGACAGACGGCAGGACCACAGCCUGUGUUCGCGACUGCAGCGUUUCAGCAAAGUGGUGAAUAUGGCUCUCCCUGGAGCCCUAACCAAAGUGUUGUGAAACGGGACAAAAACACCCUGCAGGGACACCGUGGUGAUAUGAUCCAGCCCGAGGAUGGGGGCUUCUCCUGGUUGUCUCAGGUCAGGAGGAAGGGUCAGGGGCUCCGCAGACUGAAUUCAUACCCGCCCUCGGUCACCACCGUGGAGGUGGACUUGGGGAGGCAGAUGGAAGUAGAACUCCCCUUACAGCCGAUACAUGCACAGAAUGUCGUGACACAGAAGUCAGAGAACAAGCUUCCAGAGAUGACGUUAGAGAGGGCCGUGAACCUGCUGACCCAGGAGGAUGAUGAAGAAAUGCUGAUCUGUGCAGCCAGCCACAUACAGAAUCAAUGUUUCAAGAGUGCAGAUGCUAAAAAGAUGGUGUACUAUCUCAGUGGGAUUAUAAAGCUCCUGCAGCUCCUGAGCAUUGACAAUGAGGAGGUGCAGCACGUCGCCGCCGGGGCUCUACGUAAUGUUGUUUACCAGAGCAGCGAAAACAAGAUGGAGGUGAAGGAAAAUGAUGGCCUGGCCACCAUUUUGAGUGCACUGAAGAGCAGCCGUGAUUUGGGGACCAGACGACAACUGACUGGUCUUUUGUGGAACCUCUCCUCUCAUGACCUUUUGAAGGAGCGUCUCUCCAAAGAGGCCACCUUAUCAGUCCUCACCCAGUCCGUUCUGGUACCCAGUUCUGGCCUUUCUGAAGGCGAGAACCCAAAAGACGAGCUUCUAGCUGACGCCGAUGCUUUCCACAAUGCCACGGGCUGCCUGCGAAAUCUGAGCUCCGCUGGCCCAGAUGGCAGGAAAGCAAUGAGAGAGUGUGAGAAUUUUAUCGACUCUCUGGUCUACUACAUCCGUGGAGCCGUGGCUGACUAUAAGACUGAUGACAAGUCCACAGAGAAUUGCGUCUGCAUCCUGCACAACCUGUCUUAUCAGAUAGAGGCUGAGCUUCCCAAGAAGUACGCCACAGAUCUCCGAGAGUCUCUACAAAACUUGGCUCCGCAGGAAAAAGCUGUCGGCUGCUUUGCUCAUCGCAGUGCCAAGAUCCCACAGAAUCUGGAGCGACAGUGCCCCCUGCUGGAGGAGAAAGCUAACCCCCGAGGCAUAGAGUGGCUGUGGAGCUCCAUCACUAUCCGGAUGUACCUGUCACUGUUGGCCCGCAGCGUGCGUCACUACACCCAGGAGGCUGCCAUCGGAGCCUUGCAGAACAUAACGGCUGGCAGCGGAGCGGUGACUGAAUCCAUCGCCUUCACUAUUGUUCAACGGGAAAAUGGCCUUCAGCACGUGAAGAAGAUGAUAGAGGAGGGAGAGAGUGAUGUGAAGAGGAUGGCUAUAUCUCUAGUAAAAAACCUCUCGCGCUACCAGGAGCUGCACCCUGACAUCGUGAAGCAGGUGUUGCCGGAGGUGGUGGAAAUGCUACCCAACGACGACACCGGCACCGACCUGCCCACCGAGGUGACGGCUACUCUGUGUAACACCCUGGUUAACCUGAGUCAGUGCGACACGCAGCACGUCAGAGCCGUCUUCAACCAGGGAGCCCUCCCAAAGAUCAUCAACAUCAGCAGCAAGGACAACGGUUAUGGACCAACCAGAGCGGGCCAGGCAGCAUGCGUCCUGCUACACACCAUGUGGAAGCACAGUGAUCUCCAUGGGGCCUAUAAGAAGUGUGGGUACAGGAAAGCUGAUUUCAUCAAUGCGAGGACAACAAAGGCUGUGAACUCCGGCCGGGACUGAGGCGAAGAUCUAGAAAUAUAGGCAACAAUUCCCUCGAUGCACUGUUCCUCCUGUAAUGUUUUAUUCAAUGCUGCAGACACAACAUUGGGAAAUACGCCUACAUUUCCUUUAAAGAUCCCAUGAAAUGGCUUUAAAAUUGUUAAUUUAAUUUUAGUGCUGCUAUAAGUGUUAGCAUGAUUAACCUGCUUACCAGUGGUGGGCCGUCAGGGCCAGCAAGGCCUUCUCUGCUGGCCUAAACAUCAUCAGAAUAUA